AUGUACCACACCGACGCCGAAGCAAACCGCGUGUGUAAGGGGGAUCUGUCGGCCGCUUCAACAGCAGCCGCUCCGCCCGCACCGGGUCGCACCGGCCGAUUGUGGGCAGCCAGCGCCGCUCCUGCAUUCGCGUGGGCCGGCAUCGGAGUUCCUUUCGACGUCAUCCGCACGAGGCUUCAGACCACCUCCCAGGCGCGGUUCCGCUCGGCGUGGCACUGCCUGACCCACACAGUGCGCACCGAAGGCGUGCUGGCGCUCUGGAAGGGACUGACGCCUCAGAUUCUCAUCUCUCUGCCAUCGAGCACGCUGCUCUUCGGCACCUACAGUGCGCUGCGGCCGGAACGCCCGCGCCUGGCCACUGGUUCCGGCGCCGAGUGGCGCAGUUUCUACGCUGGCGUCUUCGGCGCUGGCUUUGGAUCAGGCGUGUCGCUCACGGUCCUGCAGAAUCCUCUCGAUGUGUGGCGGACGCAGCUGCAGACAUCCUACGGCGGCGAUAGUCCGCCGCCGCCGCCGCCAACGACGGCGCGGAAUGCUUGGCGCGGCGUAUCGCUCACCGCGGUCCGCAACCUCCCCGGCAACGGCGUCUUCUUCCUGCUGCACGAGUGCCUCGACGUAAACGUGCGAGAGCGCAUCAGCCGCGAAGGCAGCCCCAUCAGCCCCGCCUUGGCACGCCUGCUCUGCGGCGGAGCGACGGGCGUCCUCUUCAACCUCCUGCUCUCGCCGGUCGACGUGGUGCGCUCGCGGCUCAUGGCGACCGAGAGCGGCGGCGUCCUCUUCCACACCCGCGCCGUGCUGCGCGAGCACGGCGCUCUGCGCGGCUUCUUCCGCGGCGCGGACGUCACCGUGCUAAAGGCCUUCCCAACGAAUGCGGUGGGGUUUCUCGCGCUGAGUAAGGCGAAGUGGCUGCUCGGCGUCGAGGACGACGAGCAGCGGCGGUGA